GUCCUUCCUGUCCCCGCAGCGCAUUUCCUGGAGCAGGUUAAACAGGAGUGUCAUUUCUUCAACGGGACAGAGCGGGUGCGGUACCUGCUGAGCUACAUCCACAACGGGCAGGAGUACGUGCGCUUCGACAGCGACGUGGGGGAGUACCGCGAGGUGACUGAGCUGGGGCGGCCGGACGUUGAGCACUGGAACAGCCAGGAGGACAUCCUGGAGCGGAGGCGGGGCGAGGUGGACAGGCUCUGCAGACACAACUACAGGGUGUCUGAGGGAUUCCUGGUGCAGUGGAAAA